CGCCGGGGGCGCGCGCGCGCGCUGGGCGCUGGGCUGCAGCGGCGGUUACUAUGGCGGAGUCGGCCGGAGCCUCCUCCUUCUUCCCCCUUGUUGUCCUCCUGCUCGCCGGCAGCGGCGGGUCUGGGCCCCGGGGGAGCCAGGCUCUGCUGUGUGCGUGCACCAGCUGCCUACAGACCAACUACACGUGUGAGACAGAUGGGGCCUGCAUGGUCUCCAUCUUCAACCUGGAUGGCAUGGAGCACCAUGUGCGCACCUGCAUCCCCAAGGUGGAGCUGGUCCCUGCUGGAAAGCCCUUCUACUGUCUGAGCUCCGAGGAUCUGCGCAACACCCACUGCUGCUAUACUGACUUCUGCAACAAGAUUGACCUCAGGGUGCCCAGCGGGCACCUCAAGGAGCCUGAGCACCCCUCCAUGUGGGGCCCUGUGGAGCUGGUGGGCAUUAUUGCCGGCCCGGUCUUCCUCCUGUUUCUCAUCAUCAUCAUCGUUUUCCUUGUCAUCAAUUACCACCAGCGUGUCUACCACAACCGCCAGAGACUGGACAUGGAGGACCCCUCAUGCGAGAUGUGUCUCUCCAAAGACAAGACACUCCAGGAUCUUGUCUACGAUCUCUCCACGUCAGGGUCUGGCUCAGGCUUACCCCUUUUUGUCCAGCGCACGGUGGCCCGAACCAUUGUUUUACAAGAGAUUAUCGGCAAGGGCCGAUUUGGGGAAGUGUGGCGUGGCCGCUGGAGAGGUGGUGACGUGGCUGUGAAAAUCUUCUCUUCUCGUGAAGAACGAUCUUGGUUCCGGGAAGCAGAGAUCUACCAGACAGUCAUGUUGCGCCAUGAAAACAUCCUUGGAUUCAUUGCUGCUGACAAUAAAGAUAACGGCACCUGGACCCAGCUGUGGCUUGUCUCUGACUAUCACGAGCAUGGUUCCCUGUUUGAUUAUCUGAACCGAUACACAGUGACCAUUGAGGGGAUGAUUAAGCUGGCCCUGUCCGCAGCCAGUGGGUUGGCGCACCUGCACAUGGAGAUUGUGGGCACUCAAGGGAAGCCUGGAAUCGCUCAUCGAGACUUAAAGUCCAAGAACAUCCUGGUGAAGAAGAAUGGCAUGUGUGCCAUUGCAGACCUGGGCCUGGCUGUCCGUCAUGACGCAGUCACAGACACCAUCGACAUCGCUCCAAAUCAGAGGGUGGGGACCAAACGAUACAUGGCUCCGGAAGUACUGGACGAAACCAUCAACAUGAAGCACUUUGACUCCUUCAAGUGUGCCGACAUCUAUGCCCUGGGGCUUGUAUACUGGGAGAUUGCUCGAAGAUGUAACUCUGGAGGAGUCCAUGAAGAAUAUCAACUGCCGUAUUAUGACUUAGUACCCUCCGACCCUUCCAUUGAGGAAAUGAGAAAGGUCGUCUGUGACCAGAAGUUACGGCCCAACAUCCCCAACUGGUGGCAGAGUUACGAGGCGUUGCGGGUGAUGGGGAAGAUGAUGCGGGAGUGCUGGUACGCCAACGGCGCUGCCCGCCUGACGGCGCUGCGCAUCAAGAAGACGCUGUCCCAGCUGAGCGUGCAGGAAGACGUGAAAAUCUAAGCUGCUCCUCUGCCUACACACCGAACCUGGGCAGUGAAGACGACUGCAGCCGCCGUGCUCAGUGUCCUGGAGGCCUACCUCUUGUUUCUGCCCAGCCCUCUGACCAGAGCCCUAGUCUGUAAGAGGGACAGAGCCCGGGAGACUCCGACACUCCCAUAUUGGGUUUGAGACACAGACACUUUUAUAUUUACCUCCUGAUGGCGUGGAGACUCUGAGAGCAAGUUAUGUAGAGAACUCAAUGCCGAAAGUCAACUGCUCGCAGUGGGAAGUACACGAAGCCCAGCGCAUCCGGCCUGUCGCCGGCAAUGGUGAAGGGGAGCUGGGCUCUCGCCGGAGCAGGAGCAGUCCCUGUACCUUGUGGUCUGCUGGUCUGCAGGUUUCCUCCAGGGACCAGUCAACCUGGCACCGAGGUAUUCAGAGGAACCGGAAGUGUAGCCGCUCUCACAGGCAGUCCUGAGCCACACCACCCCUUCUCAUGGACAUCUGGAGGGACUGCCAUUAGAGAUACCACCUGCUGCCUGUCUGUCCAGCCAAGUGUGCAUGUGCCGAGGUGUGUCCCACAUUGUGCCUGGUCUGUGCCACGCCCUUACGUGUGUGUGUGUGUGUGUGUGUGUGUGUGUGUGUGCACUUACCUGCUUGAGCUUUCUGUGCAUGUGCAGGCCAGGGUGUGGUGGCCAUACUGUCUCCGAGUGCUGGCACCGCUGUCACAGUGAGCAGCAUCUGUUCACCUGGUGCCCUCCUCAAGGUCUCUCCUGUCCCCAGCCCCUGUCGGGGUGGCCCUUUUCUCAGCAGGCUGCUUGCCCACCCUGUGCCACAGGCCCUCCUCUUCCAUUUCAGACCAGAACCAAAGCUGGCCCACUUGUCCAUGGUAUGAGAGGCUUUUGGGUCAGAAUUGGGGG